GUUGAAUGGUUGGCAUGGGUCAUUGGAAAGGCUUCUGGGUGCCUUCCAAUCACAGGGCUAGCAGCUAGGGAGAAGAGCCAGGCUCUGCUGCAUCUCCUGUCACCCUGCCCUUAAAAGCUGACCAUCUCCUUCAUCACCAGGGCAGCAUUUUUAGGGAGACAGCAGAGCUCUGGGCUGGGAGGCAGGGGAUCUGGGUCCUGAUACCUGAGUGAUCUUGGGCAUGACCCUGCUCUGUUCCUCAAUUGUAAAAUGGGGAUACAUUUUACACAAAAAGCAGGAAGGAAUAACACAAAAGGCAGGAAGGAAUGAUACUCUGUCCUUCCUGCCUUUUGUGAGAUCUGAUGAGAUGGGAUAGGCAUGAACUUUUCGAGUGGCAAAGCAGCAUGCAGGUGUCUAACACCCGUGGACCUGUGUGAGAGAUCUCAGAUUCAUGCUUACUAGAGUCAGGCUGAUGACCAGGCUGGAGUGACCAGGACACUGGCCCCACUGGUGUCUUCUGCAAGUCCCAUGGGCCUGGGGCCUCCUGUUCUCUUCCUGAGCCUACACUGAGAAUGUCCAGGUCAAAUUUCAGAACAGGCUGGGCACAGUGGCUCAUGCCUGUAACCCUAGCACUUUGCGAGGCUGAAGCUGGAGGAUCAUUUGAGGCCAGGAGUUAAAAGACCAGCCUGGGCAACACAGUGAGACACCCAUCUCUACAAAAAAUAGAAAAACCUAGCUGAGCAUGAUGGCACAUGGCUGUAGUCCCAACUUCUCAGGAGGCUGAGGCAGGUGGUUUGCUUGAACCCAGAAGUUACUUUUUUGUUUUUUGAGACAGAAUUUUGCUCUUUUCGACCAGGCUGGAGUGCAAUGACACAAUCUUGCCUCACUGCAACUUAGGCCUCCAGGGUUCAAGCAUUUCUCCUGCCUCAGCCUCCGGAAUAGCUGUGAUUACAGGUGCCCACCACCAUGCCCUGUUAAUUUUUGUCUUUUUAGUAGAGAUGGGAUUUUACCAUGUUGACCAGCUGGUCUUGAACUCCUGACUUCAGGUGAUCCAACCACUUUGGCCUCCCAAAGUGCUGGGAUUACAGGCAUGAGCCACCUCACCUGGCCGAGCUCAGAAGUUUGAGGCUUCCAUGAGCCAUGAUUGUGCCACUGCACUCCAGCCCUGGCAACAGAGUGAGACUCCAACUCAAAAAAAAAAAAAGGCUGAGCCAGGCUGGCCAGUAUCACAAAACUCUGUCUCUACUAAAAAUACAAAAAUUAGCUUAGCAUGGUGGUGUGCUCCUGUAAUCCUAGCUAUUCCGGAGGCUGAGGCAGGAGAAUCUCUUGAACCCUGGAGACGGAGAUUGCAGUGAGCCAAGAUCGCAUUACUGCACUCCAGCCUGGGUGACAGAGUGAGACCCUGUCUCAAAAAAAAAAAAAAAAUCUGGGCUGGUCAUGGUGACUCACGCCUGUAAUCCUAGCACUUUCGCCAGAGGAAGCCAGGGCAAGAGGAUAGCUUGAGCCCAGAAGUUUGAGACCAGCCUGGGCAACAUAUUGAGACCCCAUCUCUAUUUAAAAAUUCCAGUCCUAGCCAGGUGCGGUGGCUCACACCUGUAAUCCCAGCACUUUGGAAGGCCAAGGUGAGCAGACCACAAGGUCAAGAGAUUGAGACUACCCUGGCUAAUGCGGCUAAAAAUCCCGUCUCUACUAAAAAUGCAAAAAUUAGCUGCAUCUGGUGGUGCACGCCUGUAGUCCCAGCUACUUGGGAAGCUGAGGCAGGAGAAUCUCUUGAACCCGGGAGGCGGAGGUGCAGUGAGCCGAGAUCGCACCACUGCACUCCAGCCUGGGCAACAGAGCAAGGCUCUGUCUCAAAACAAAAAAAAAAUUCCAGUUCGGCUCCUUGAUCCAGACCUACUUGUAAACCUGCUAUCUGGCCGCAGUAUGAGAGAGGACGCUAACAGUAAAAAUACUGAUAGCUACCAUUUUCUGAGUAUUUAUUAUCUGCCAGGUGCUUUACAAUUAUCAUCACAUUUAAGCCUGACAACAACCUUAGGAGGUAGGAAGUAGUAGCAUCUCAUGUAAUUAGAUGGGAAAACAAGCUUAGGGAGCUUAAGUGACUUGCCCAAGGUCACCCAGUUAGUAGGUGUAGGAGCUGGGAUUCAAAUCUUGCAGCUCGAGCCCCUCCACACACUACAGCCAGUUACACAGUCAUUCUGAACUCCAGAAGGUUCCCUGGGAGGUGCCUUGUUGGGGGAGAUUGUUGGGGGUGCAGGGGUUGAGAGCCAUUUGUAGAGGAGCAGUCUCCCCCAAGCCCUGCCUCACUGCCAGCCAGGAAGGAACACAAGGCUGGCUCCCUUCAGUCCCCUCAGUCCCCAGCCUUGCCAGAGAAAAGGGUGGGGAGAGGGGUAUGGGCAGAGACAGGUGGGCCUUGAUGGUGCCCUUCACUCUGUCCUCAUCAGAGCCCAGCUGGAUAGACUAGGGCAUUGGGGGAUUCUGGGAAAGAAACAGAAGCCAUGCCCAUACCCUAUUUGGGUUGCCCUGGUCUCGGAGUCUCGGGGGGUGGACCCAGGGCUAGCCUGGGCCUGAGACGGUGGCAGCCGGCAGCCGAAGUGGGCCAAGCCAAGAAGGAAGGAAGAGGCCCAGGCACCCCCUGUAGAUGCAUUCCACCUGCGUGGCCCCCUGCUGCCCUGUGGCUGACAGCCCGGGCAAUCCUCAGAUGUUGGGCCAGAGGAAACCUGGGUCCGAGUGGCAGGAAGGGAACUGAGAAAGAGGGUUCUCUCCCCUUGCCACCAUGAGCGAGUCAUUUGACUGUGCAAAAUGCAGUGAGUCCCUGUAUGGACGCAAGUACAUCCAGACAGACAGCGGCCCCUACUGUGUGCCCUGCUAUGACAAUACCUUUGCCAACACCUGUGCUGAGUGCCAACAGCUUAUCGGGCAUGACUCGAGGGAACUGUUCUAUGAAGACCGCCACUUCCAUGAGGGCUGCUUCCGCUGCUGCCGCUGCCAGCGCUCACUAGCUGAUGAACCCUUCACCUGCCAGGACAGUGAGCUGCUCUGCAAUGACUGCUACUGCAGUGCAUUUUCCUCGCAGUGCUCUGCCUGUGGGGAAACUGUCAUGCCUGGUUCCCGGAAGCUGGAGUACGGAGGCCAGACGUGGCAUGAGCACUGCUUCCUGUGCAGUGGCUGCGAGCAGCCGCUGGGCUCCCGUUCUUUUGUGCCCGACAAGGGUGCUCACUACUGUGUGCCGUGCUAUGAGAACAAGUUUGCUCCUCGCUGCGCCCGCUGCAGCAAGACGCUGACACAGGGUGGAGUGACAUACCGCGAUCAGCCCUGGCAUCGGGAAUGUCUGGUCUGUACUGGGUGCCAGACGCCCCUGGCAGGGCAGCAGUUCACCUCCCGGGAUGAAGAUCCGUACUGUGUAGCCUGUUUUGGAGAACUCUUUGCACCUAAGUGCAGCAGCUGCAAGCGCCCCAUCGUAGGACUCGGUGGAGGCAAGUAUGUGUCCUUUGAAGACCGACACUGGCACCACAACUGCUUCUCCUGUGCCCGCUGCUCCACCUCCCUCGUGGGCCAAGGCUUCGUGCCAGAUGGAGACCAAGUGCUCUGCCAGGGCUGCAGCCAGGCAGGGCCCUGAGCCAGGGCUCCUGAGCCCAGGCUUUCCAGUACCACUGCCCCAGGACUGUGGCUCCUCUUCUAAACCACCUCUGGGACCCAGCCCCUCCCCAGUGUGGGUCUCUCUCUGGGCUCCGGGAUUGUUUCCCUACUCCAGCAUCCCCAAACUGGUGCUCCCUGAGCCAGGCCCCCAAACCUGGGCUCUUAUGGAGCCUCCAUGAGACAAGCCCCUUCCCCACACCUGGACUCCAGAACUCAGCCCUCUGCCCUGCAGUCUGGGUUCCCAGACUGAGUCCUCUCCCCAAAUCUGGGCUCUAGACUCCAGUCCUCCAAACCCGAACUCUGGGACCUAGGCCCCCUUAAACAUAGACUUCUCUUUAUAGAUUUUAGGUCUCCUAUGGGUGCCUGAGAAGUCCUCAAAAGUUACUGUUCCCAGGCUCGACCCACCCCACCCCAUCCCCAGGGCUGAGGCUGGCUUUGGGGGCAGCAGAUAAGGGGCCCACUGGUUAGGGGGCCUUAGGGGACAGGGUGCUGCCCAGCCUGUGUCCACCAAGUAUCUCCUCAUUUUAUUUCAGCUCCAUUUUGCCCAGAGAUGGGCAGAGGGGUGAGAUUGGCUCACCCCCCCUUCUAGAUUCUGCAAUAAAGUGGUGUGAGGAA